AUGGUCGACGACAACGACGACAUCGACGCAGCUGCGAUACAGUCGCUCGUAGAAAUCGCGCAACUGAAUCCAACGCAAGCUCGAAACGCUCUGAAACAUUACGGGAACUCUUUGGAAAACGCGUGUAAUGCGUUUUUCAAUGGCUCUUUACAGUUUACCGAGAACGACGCAAUCAAACUCCCCGCCGAUAUCGAUAUCGUUGACGGAGAAGAAGAAGAAGAAGAGGAUGAUGAUUUAGUCAUGAUAGAUGGAGAUGGAACCGAUAGAAGAACAAGAAGAGGAAACGAGAAUAGACGUAGUCAACAACAAGAACAAGAGCAAACGAGGCACGAAAAUGCUACGAAUCAACAACAACAACAACAACAACAACUCGUGCCUUUGCUUCCCGUGCGAGCGGUGUUUGGCCUUCUCUCCGUGGCGGUGAAAAUUACGAGUACGAUUUUAUCAAAGAUAUUACCAUCGAACGUGCUGAGUUCUUUGUCGCGAGCGUUUCGAGCGCAUCGUCUCAACCAACGGUACUUAGCGGCCAGCGCCAGAGGAAGAGGGGCGGUUGGACCGACGAGAGGCGACCCGAUCGAAGCGGCGAAAGAGUUUCGAAGAACGUUUAUGAACGAGAACGAUGGAAACUGUUUGAUAAACUUCGUCGAACUUUCGCAUUCAGACGCGUUGCGAAUGGCAAAGUCGGAAUAUAAGCUGUGUUUUGUCUACUUGCACUCUCCGAUACACGACGACGCGCUCGGUUUCUGUAAAGACGUUUUGAAUGAUCCAAACGUCGCGAGUUUCGUCAACGAAAAGUUCGUGGCUUGGGGAGGCGACGUCUCGAAUUCAGACGCGCUAUUGCUCGCGCUCGGUGUCUCGCCUUCGUCCUUUCCAUACUGUGCGCUGCUUAAUUCGUCUGGCUCGCGCGUUUCGCUCGUCGUGUCUGUUGAAGGAUAUUGCGGCAGCGACGAACUUCUCGAAGUUUUGGAAAAGUCCAUCGAAGACGCAUCCGGUUCAAUGAGCGAGGCGCGAUCUCGGAACGAAGCCGCCGAAAACGAUAGGUUGUUGAGGGAAGAGCAGGACGCGGCAUUCCGGGCAUCGUUAGCUGCUGAUGCUGCGAAAGAGGCGAAAAGAGUUCAAGAGAUGGAAGAGGAGGAAGCGCGCUUGAAGGAAGCUGAAAACGAACGAUUGGAAAACGAAAGAAUUGAAAGCGAAAACCGACGCAAAGAAGAAGAGCGCGCGAUGGCUUUGAAGAAUCGCCGGGAAGAAAAAGCUGCGCGCUUAAAACCAGAACCAGAGAUGAGCGUCACGGAAAAUGUGACUAAAAUUGCAUUUCGUAUGGCGGAUGGAAGUCGCGUCGAGAGACGCUUCGCUUCGAGAGAGUCGACUUUGAACGACGUGUACGAUUUCGUGGACACGCUCGAAUGCGUUUCGGAAACGAAAUAUAGUCUAGUAUCGAAUUUCCCUCGAAAAGUGUUUCACCGAACGGACGAGCUGUUGAUUGAAGUCUCAGAGCUCUCCUCCAACGGUGCCAUGCUUUUCGUUCAAUCGGAAGAACAAUAA